UCAUAAAAUAAUUAAAUGACACCAAUCUUAAAUUUGGAGUCAUUUCCAUUAUUCCUUUUCUUUUUCCAAGUUUUUAAAAAGCUAUGAGAAGAACAGUUUGUGAAUUCUACAUUUUAUAAAAAAUGAAUGAUUCUUGUCUGAAUUCCAAGUGGGUAUUCUUAAUUCUUGUUUCAUGGAUAUUUUAUGCAGCAGCUAAUCUUGGAAAUGUAACCGAUAAGUUAGCGUUACUAGACUUCAAGAAUCGGAUAACACAGGAUCCUCUGCGAAUCAUGAGUUCUUGGAACGAAUCAGUUCAUGUCUGCAAAUGGGUUGGUGUUUCUUGCUCUAUAUAUAAUAAUAAUAAUAAAAGAGUAACAGUCUUGAAUCUUGAAUCUCAGAGAUUAGUUGGUUCUAUACCACCUUCUAUAGGUAACCUCACUUUUCUUACAAGAAUCAACCUGAAGAACAACACCUUUUCUGGCCAACUUCCGCAAGAGUUGGGUCGUUUAUUACGGUUGAAGCAUUUAAAUUUAACAUAUAACUCGUUUGGUGGGAAAAUUCCAGCAAAUCUCAGUUACUGUAGGGAACUGACCAUAAUUGAAGCAUCUGGCAACAAACUAGUUGGGGAAAUUCCUGAACAGCUUAGUUCUUUGUCUAAGUUGGUUAUGAUUGGCUUUGGAAUUAACAAUCUUACAGGAAAUAUCCCAGCUUGGAUCGGCAAUUUCUCCAAUCUGUUAAGCAUUUCGUUCGCGUUGAAUAAUUUUGUCGGAAACAUACCUGAUGAGUUUGGCAAGCUCAAGAAAUUGAGGUUUUUCACAAUCUAUGGGAACUAUAUUUCUGGUAUAAUCCCUCUUUCAAUCUAUAAUCUCUCUUCAAUUUACUAUUUUUCUGUCACUCAAAACCAGCUUCAUGGCCAACUACCCUCAGAUGUUGGCCUGAGGUUUCCUAGCCUGAGAACAUUUAUAGGUGGUAUUAACAAUUUUACCGGUUCCAUUCCUGAAUCUUUGUCAAAUGCUUCUCAGCUUCAGCUUCUUGAUUUUUCUCAAAAUAGCCUUACGGGAACAAUUCCGAAAGGCAUAGGUAAAUUAAAAAGCUUAGUUAGACUCAAUUUUGAAAAGAAUAACUUGGGCUACAGAAAUUCUGACGACUUGAAUUUUUUUCAAUCACUAGCUAAUUGUACUAGUUUACAGUUUCUGGGUUUGGCUAAUAAUCAUUUUGGAGGAGAAUUGCCUGACUCCAUCGGUAACCUUUCUACUCAGUUACAGCUUUUAACUAUUGGAGACAACUCGAUUCAUGGAAGCAUUCCUACUGCGAUUCAGAACCUAGUUAACUUAGUUGCGCUAGGAUUCGAAGGUAACCGCCUUAGCGGAAAUGUUCCUGCUGUUAUCGGAAAGCUGCAGAGUCUAGAGGCUCUGCAUUUGAACCGUAACAGAUUCUCAGGCUUAAUUCCUUCCUCUUUAGGCAACUUGACAAGAUUGACUAGACUUUUUAUGGAGGGAAAUAGGUUUGAAGGAACUAUACCUUCAAGUCUAGGAGACCUGCAUAACCUUCAAAAUCUUUUCCUUUCUGAUAACAAUCUUAGUGGAAGCAUACCUAGAGAACUCACUUCCCUUACUUCCUUGUCGAUUGCUAUGGUCUUGUCUCGUAAUUCCUUGACUGGUUCUAUACCACUGGAAGUAGGUAAACUAAAGAAUCUUAUGGUGUUAGAUUUUUCGGAAAAUAAAUUAUCUUAUGAAAUUCCGAGCUCUCUUGGCAGUUGUAUCAGUUUGGAAUUCCUGUACUUAGAAAGUAAUGGACUUGGAGGAUCAAUUCCUGAAUCUUUGAAAGACUUAAGAGGUAUAUUAGAAUUGGAUCUUUCGGGUAAUAACUUGUCUGGAAAGAUUCCUGAGUUUUUAGGUCAAUUCUCAUCUCUGACUCUGAGGAAUUUGAAUCUCUCGUAUAACGAUUUUGAUGGUGAGCUUUCUGGAGAAGGUAUCUUCGGUAAUACAACUGUAAUUUCUGUAGUCGGAAACGAAAAACUCUGUGGUGGUAUCGCAGAGCUACACCUGCCGAAAUGCUUACAGAAAAAACAAGGUAAAUCUGUGAAUCUGAAAACAAUAAUCUCCGUAGCUAUUUCAGGUGUAAUUCUCGUUGUUGCGUUAUCUUGUGUUUCCAUUUUCUGCAUUUCAAGAAAGAAAAUUUCUGCUACACCCAAUUCUGAUAAAUCACAAUGCAUUAUCUCUUACUCGGAAAUCUUAAAUUCAACUAAUGGUUUCUCGACGGAGAAUUUGAUUGGUUCGGGGAGUUUUGGUUCGGUAUACAAAGGAGUUCUUUCUGGAAAUGGAGAAAUUGUUGCUAUUAAGGUAUUGGAUCUUGAACAACAAGGAGCUUCAAAGAGCUUUUUUGAUGAAUGCAAUGCACUAAAAAGCAUACGGCACCGUAAUCUCCUCAGGAUCAUCACCACCUGUUUAAGCAUUGAUCACCAAGGAAAUGAUUUCAAAGCUCUGGUUUUUGAGUUCAUGUCAAAUGGAAAUCUAGAUGAGCGACUUCAUAAUAAAACAGAUGAACAAGAUCCGACUAAGAGGUUAACUUUGAUCAAGCGAUUGGAUAUAGCCAUUGAUAUUGCUUCUGCUUUGGAUUAUCUUCACAAGUAUUGUGAACCCGCAAUAGUUCACUGUGAUUUAAAGCCAAGCAACGUGCUACUUGAUGAAGAUAUGACGGCUCAUGUUGGUGAUUUUGGAUUGGCUAGGUUCCUCCUUGAUUCGUCAGAAACUCAACUCCACAAAACCGAAGCAUUGUCGAUUACUUUGAAGGGUUCGAUUGGCUACGUUCCUCCAGAGUACGGAAUGGGCGGUCAAGUUUCUGCUGCUGGAGAUGUUUACAGUUACGGGAUACUGUUGCUGGAGAUGUUUACAGGAAAAAGGCCCACUGAUGAUAUGUUCAAAGAUGAUCUAAGCAUUCACAAGUUUGUUGCAGCCAUGGCUGUGCCUGAGCUCGUUCUGGAUGUUAUUGAUCCAUCAAUGCUAAUCGAAGAAGAAAAUGUGAAUGCCCGGAUCAAUACGAGUGAACUAAGGAGUUGCCUGGUUUCGGUAAUGAGUAUUGGGCUUUCAUGUUCUUCGCAAUCGCCUGCAGAGCGAAUAUCGAUGAGCAUUGUUGUCAGCAAAUUGCAGGAGACAAGAGAUUCAUUUCUCAAAUCAAAGAACAAAAAUAAAAGAAGAAUCAGAGUUAGAAACUCCAUGGGAUGCGACAAUGCAGGGCCAAGUUACACAUAAUGGUACUCAUGUUGGGUUUAAGAGUGUGCAAUAAUAUUUGUAUCUUAGCAUUAUUAAGGUUUAUUUUACUUGUUAAGUUAAUAAGUCUAUUUGGGUGAUUAUGGGUUUGGGCAUUA